AUGACCUUCUUACUUCAGUACCUGAGAAUAUUAGAAGAUGACUGGCGUGCCUACCGCAAGUUCUUAGCAAGCACUCUCCUCAUUGGCCUCUGGGCGAUGUCCGAGUUCUGGGUGAAUGUUUUCGUCUGCAUCCCAGUCGAAGGCAUAUGGGACUCACGUAUUGCAUCCUCAUGUAUCCCGAACGGACCGUACCAAUAUGUUUAUAUUUCCUUGGACAUCGUCAGUGCCAUCGCCAUCUUCCUCUUCCCGAUUAUGUUCUUGCGUCACAUCGUCAUUGGAUGGCCGGAGGCGGUUAUUCUGGCAGUUGUAUUUACCUUUGGUCUAUUUGUCGUGGUUCUUCAGUUUGUCCGGUUCCAAUACGUCAAUCUUGGCAGUGAUUUCACCUGGACUUUUGCAGACCGGGCCUCACUUAUGAUUUCCGAGCUGGCCGUCGGACUCUUUUGCACCUGCGUACCCCUUCUUCACCCUUUAGCGGAGCGCAUUUUUCCGGAGUGGUUCUGCACGUUUGCCUACGAAAACAGCGACGAAAAUCACACCAAACCGCCCCCGUCCGGAGACGUGGAGAAAAGCCAUCGUAAACGACCGCAUCACGACAACGUUGCCUUGGGGACAAAAGGUGCUAGUAGCAGCAGCAUUGGCUCUGGUGUCGCGCGCGAUGGGGGAUCGCGCCAAAAGAACCGAAACCACGCGCCACGCGAGAGGCUCGAAGACCCCAACCCGCCACUUCGCCGCGACGACAGCGGCGACAUGUCGGACGACAUCAUGGGUCUGCAGUCGGCGCUCAAAGGCCUGAAGCGCCUCAGUUUCAACCGCAGCCAGAGCGAGGCGGACGUCAGGAGGUCGCCUCAGCAUCGAAACAGCAAGGAGCUGGCGGGACAGUCCUCACGACUGGGCGUGGACCGGACGCACACGUCGCCUUAUAUGCAAUCGCCAACCUUGGGAUGGGAACUGUCCAGUUCUCCUGUAGAAAAGCAGCCGGAAAUCCCUACCGUCGUGGUGCGACCGCCGCAGUCGCCGGUGCAGACCAGCAAGGGAAGGGGGACGCCGGUGGUGCCUUCAACGAGGCAAUCUUUGGGCGACGGAAACGAGGCAGGGCCCGCACGAAAUUAUUCCCCGGAGCAGCAGCAGCAGCAAGAUCAACCACAACAGCUGCAAAGUCGUCGUUAUCUCCAUCAGGGCACAUUCUAUAAUUCGGUGUCAGAAGCAUCAUCCUAUUACAACAAAAAGCUUCCAGCAGCACCGAAAAAUAGGGCACGAGGUUUGGACGUGUACAUGGAAUCAUCACAGGCCAAAGCAAGAUUCGAAUAA